UUAUUCAUCAAGAAUACGAAUUGCUUCAGCCAGAUAUUGAAUUAACUAGGAAAAUAGGAAUCAUCGAGAUAUUAAGCAUAAAGCAGUUCAGGAACCAGUUUAUAGCAGUUAACAUUUUGCUUUGCAACAUUGUGAUGGGUGGUAUUGACACAAUCUUACUUUACUCUUCUGUUAUUUUUAUCAAUGUUGGAAUCAGUAAAGGCAACAUGAUAUUUAUAAACAUUGGCGCAUAUUCUUUGAUGGUUCUCUCUUCUGUGGUUUGUACUAUGCUCGUGAAUAAAUUUGGGGGGUAUAGAGUUCUAUUUGUUGGCACAAAUGUUCUGAUCUUUUCGCAAGUUUUGUUUACUAUUUCACAAGCUUUGACAUACCUGGCACCAACUGUGAUGCCAACUCUGGCUGUGGUUUCUAUAUUCAUAUACCUUGCUGCGUGGUCAGCUGGUAUAAAUGGAUCGGUUUUUGCUGUUUUGGGGGAGAUAACAACAGAUGAAAACAGGACUGCCAUGUAUGGUUAUGCUGCUGUUUCAUUUUGGAUAUUUACCUGGAUAGGUGCUUUCGUUCCGCCGUAUUUGUUGUUGGGCUACCGUGCAUAUGCUAUGACUCCAUGGUUAGUAUGGACAGUGCUGAUGCUUUUAUACAUCAUAUUUUGCUUACCUGAUACCAGAGGAAAAAGAUCCGAAGAUAUUCAAACUCAAUUUUCUCAAGGGUUUUUUAUUUCUGAUUGUUUAGCACCAUAGCACAGUUGGUUAGCAUGCCUGCCUCGAACCCAGAGGUAAUGGAUUCAAGGCUCGUCGUUGCUACCACUGUGGGCGUAUGUGCAAAACACUUACGGCAAUUGCUCCAACUCAGUGCUCACUCAUGGGUUGUCCAAAUUAUCAGCCACACAUAAAAAAUAAAAAAAAUCAACAAAAAAAUAAUCACCCUCGAAGUAAUAUACAUUGUAAAUCGUAAGCUGGCACGACGUGUUUGAACAUCUCUGUUAUAACGACUGCCGUUUUCUGGCCACGCGAGGAUAAAGUAAGUUCCAUUUAUUCGUUUACUCUAUUUUGUAUCAUAAUGCCCAAAACCUUGCCAAUUAACAGAAAUACUUGGAUUCAUUUUUUUCCAGCAUGUUAACGCAAUCAAAAACUUUACGUGAAAUAAUACAAAAAAUGUCAUUG